AUGCAAGAAUUGGAUUACCUAAAUGAGACGUGCAUAUUAUUGGAUCGCAAUGAUAAAGCAAUUGGAUCAGCCAGUAAGGCAGAUUGCCACCGUGUGGAAAAGGAUGGAAAAGCAAAGCUACACCGAGGUGUUAGCGUUAUUUUGUUUAACAUGAAUGGCGACAUGUUACUUCAACGCCGCUCUAAAUACAAGCUUACAUAUCCCAGCCUAUUUGCAAAUACAUGCUGUUCUCAUCCCUUGUACAAUAUCAAGGAGGAAAGGGAGGAAAAGGAUCAAUUGGGGGUUCGAAGAGCAGCUCGUAGGAAAUUAAAUCAAGAACUAGGCAUACCGAUGGAUCAAAUUCAACUUGAGAAUUUCAAUUAUAUUACGCGAUUCUACAUGCAUUCUUCUGAAAAUGGUAGAGGCGAGCAUGAAAUUGGCUAUGGAUUUAUUCUGCAGAAAGAUGUGGAUAUUAAUCCAAAUCCAUCGGAAAUAGAUGAAGUUCGUUACAUAAAACACGAAAAUUUUCAAAGGUGCAAUUAA